ACGAACUCAGCAUCAAAUAUCUCUACAGCCAAUGGCUAUUAACUUCUCUCCUGACCCCCGAUAUCCAAAAUCAUAACCCCCUACUCCCGUUAUUUUCCACCAGUACUUUCACAUUUUUUGAUCAUUCUACAAAUUUUACCAAAAGAAAACAAGUACACUUUCAUUUCAGUAAGCAACACAACACACACACACACACUAUCACUCUUGUCAUUCUCUGUGCAACUGCUAAAUUCAGAAGCUUGAGAACUCGGGAGAGUAAAUUCGAGAAUCAACAUAGCACCUGGUCAUCAGCUGGCAUGGUUGUAGUUCAGAAGCCUUGUUAAACGUCGUGUAGUAGCCCUUGUAAUGGCCAUUGCUGCAGUUAUUGGACUCUAUGCAGGAAAUAGAAUCCUAAGCUCGUCCUUCUAUUAUUCUGAUCUUACUGAAAAGUUAUCGUCUAGCAGUGAUCACACGUUGACUUGCAAUCCUACAAGAAACGUGAUCAAUGCUAAGAAGUCAUCUAAUUAUAGCCCCAAUUAUGUUUCCAAUAGAAAAACACAAUCUGUUAAGGCUGUUAAGGAGCAUGUAGACGUGGCGUCUGAUCAUUCCGAUAUGGAUCCAUUUGUUCAAAUGUUCAAACAGUUGCAGAAUGAAAGCUGCAGUGAAGAAGAUUCAGUGGAGGUUCUUCUUCUGCUGCAGAAAUCAAUGCUUGAAAAACAAUGGAAUCUUUCAGCUGAAAAGAUAUUGACCACUUUGCCACCAAAUGAGAAGAACUCUAAGAAGAAGAUGGAGAUCACUUGUUCAGGGACAUCUGCUAGGCGGAGGAGAAUGGAUACUCGUAAAAGAGUUCAGAUUCCGAAAAUAUCAGCCGCAGCAAAUAUUGCAAGCAAGCGACUGAGAUCUGUUGUCGGUCCAGAGCUAGUACAAAGCCGUUUAAAAGGUUACAUAAAUGGUGUAGUAAGCCAAGAACUGCUUACACACGCGGAAGUGGUGCAACUAUCGAAAAAAAUCAAAUACGGAAUUUAUUUAGAAGAGCAGAAGUCCAGGCUGGAGAAAAAAUUGGGAUGUGAACCUUCUGACGAUCAACUCGCAGUUUCCUUGAAAAUAUCUCGUGCUGAUUUACGAUCUACAUUGAUAGAGUGUUCCUUGGCUAGAGAAAAGCUUGCGAUGAGCAAUGUUCGUCUCGUCAUGUCAAUUGCACAAAGAUAUGAUAGCAUGGGUACUGAAAUGGCUGACCUCAUUCAGGGGGGCCUUAUUGGACUACUUCGCGGUAUAGAGAAAUUUGAUCACUCAAGAGGAUUCAAAAUCUCAACUUAUGUUUAUUGGUGGAUUCGUCAGGGCGUCUCCCGAGCAUUAGUUGAGAAUUCAAGAACCUUAAGAUUGCCCAUACAUCUACAUGAAAGACUGAGUAUGAUCCGUAAUGCAAAAAUCAAGCUUAGAGAGAAUGGAAUAACUCCAUCAAUUGAAAAAAUAGCUGAAUGCCUUAACAUGUCCCAGAAGAAAGUCAGGAAUGCAACUGAGGCAAGCAGCAAGGUAUUUUCACUUGAUCGGGAAGCAUUUCCCUCUUUAAAUGGACUUCCUGGAGAAACACUUCAUAGCUACAUUGCUGAUAAUCGCCUGGAGAACAACCCGUGGCAUGGAGUUGAUGAAUGGACGCUCAAGGAUGAAGUAAACAACCUCAUUUCCUCAACUCUUAGGGAACGCGAGAGAGAUAUUAUCCGACUGUACUAUGGUCUGGACAAUGAGUGCCUUACCUGGGAGGAUAUUAGUAGAAGGAUAGGUUUGUCCCGAGAAAGGGUCAGGCAGGUUGGAUUAGUAGCACUUGAGAAAUUAAAACAUGCUGCUAGGAAAGGACGAUUAGAUGCAAUGUUGGUUAAACAUUGAGUACGCUUGCUGAGACCAAACUACAAACGAACUGUACAUAAAAUGUAAGGUAACCUGCAUCUCCAAUCUAUUUUCCUGAGAGGAGAACAGAUAAAGAUCUGAGAGACAUUAUUCAUCCACUUCCCUGCUCUCCUCCCAAGCCUCCAAUUCUUACGAGAAGAGUCAGAAAGAUGUAGGGAAGGUUUUUGUGCUUCAUAUCUUUUAGGAUAUCUCUGUGUUUAUUGAGAUAGGAGAUAGUUAAAAGCAGAUACUGUAUAUACGUUCCUUGUGUUGACUUCUUUCAUACAGUUGAUGUGAUAAUAUCCAUUUUAUAUGAUGUAUCUUGAUUAAAGACAGUUUCGAAAAUGUUAAUUGACUUUGUACAUA